AGGCGGCCCUUAGGUGGCCGCGCCGAUCGCCUGACGGCCGCGCCUCCGCCACAGCGCGGCCGCCGGGGGAGAGGGGGGGACGGCAAGGGAGGGGGGCGGGCGAGCGCGUGACGGCCGCGCUCCGCCUCCUGCUCCUGCUCCGGCUCCUGCCGCUGCCUCCCCCGGCGCCGCCACCUCGGCCCGGCGCGGGCGGGAGGCGCAGCAGCGGCAGCAGUGGUAGCACUGGUAGCAGUGGCAGCAGUGGUAGCAGUGGCGGCAGCAGCAGCAGCAGCAGCAGCAGCAGCAGCAAUGGAGCCGGAGCGCGAGUGCCGGGUGCUCUCCAUCCAGAGCCACGUCGUCCGCGGCUACGUGGGCAACAAGGCGGCCACCUUCCCCCUGCAGGUUUUGGGAUUUGAAGUUGACACUGUGAACUCAGUCCAGUUUUCAAACCAUACAGGUUAUGCACACUGGAAGGGUCAGGUGUUAAAUUCAGAUGAACUUCAUGAACUGUAUGAAGGACUUAAGCUGAACAAGGUCAACCAGUAUGAUUAUGUACUCACAGGUUAUACAAGGGACACAUCAUUUCUUGCGAUGGUGGUGGAUAUUGUCCAGGAGUUGAAGCAACAGAAUUCAAACCUAGUAUAUGUAUGCGAUCCAGUGAUGGGUGACAAGUGGAAUGGAGAAGGCUCCAUGUAUGUGCCCAAGGACCUCCUCCCAGUCUACAGGGACAAAGUUGUACCUGUUGCUGAUAUAAUUACUCCUAACCAGUUCGAGGCUGAGUUACUUACUGGCAGGAAGAUUCACACAGAAAAAGACGCUUUAGAGGUAAUGGAUAUGCUCCAUGCCAUGGGACCAGAGACUGUGGUGAUCACAAGCUCAGAUCUACAGGCACCUCUAGGAAAUGACUACCUGAUUGCCCUGGGAAGCCACAGAAAAUCUAAUGCAGAUGGUACCAAGAUGACACAAAGAAUUCGAGUGGAAUCUCCUAAAGUGGAUGCUGUCUUUGUUGGAACAGGAGACUUGUUUGCUGCUAUGCUUUUGGCCUGGACACAUAAGCAUCCAAACAAUUUGAAGGUGGCAUGUGAAAAGACUGUGUCAGCCAUGCAACAUGUUCUGCAAAGGACCAUUAAGAGUGCAAAAGCACAAGCUGGAGAAGGAAACAAACCAAACUCAGCCCAUCUGGAACUGAGAAUGGUCCAAAGCAAAAAGGACAUAGAAAACCCAGAGAUCAUAGUGAAAGCUACCGUGUUAUAAAGGCUGUAUGUCUCCAAUAACGCACAAUGUAUUGAUGUCCUCAUCUCUUUCCUGUAAAUUGUAAUAUUUGCCUUAGAUCUGUGACAGAAACCUGACUUUCAUGAAAUAGCGCCCAGCAUAGGCAGAUAUCCACUCUCAAACAUAUGUGCUGGCCUUGCUCAGUUUUAAAAACAAAAACAAAACAGUUAGUAUGCAUUGACGCAUAUUACCAGGUAUCAAAAUGGCUGUCAAAUUCACUUAGUCUGUGUAAUUACCCAGGGCAAGAGAGUACAAUGUUCCUGCCUUGCCAAAGACUUCAGAUGUGAAUUUGCUAACGGAAUGCUUGACUAACUGGAGAAUAUAUUUCAAGACAGCAUUUAGUGCCAAUGGAGCUGGCUACAUGCUCCCUUUUCAUGGAGAGAUCUGGUUACCUACUCUGGUGUUCAGUAUCUCAGCUGCUACGAAACUAAGCAGGGUUAAAACUACACACAAAUUUCUGGUUGUGUGUAGGAGUACUUUGGAGAUGUUUGGCAUUUAAGUACUCUGAAGUGACCUUGAGGUGUCAUUCAUGUUACUGAUAACUGCUCCUGUUUCUUGUCUUGCGAACAGUUGCACGGUUUCAGUUUUUGCAGGUACUGGCUGCUAAUUUCUAAUGUCCACAGGUGCCCCCCUGAUAUUCUUCCAAAAAUCUGAAAUAUAUUCAUUAAUAAAAAAGUAUCUUUUUUUCAGUAGCACUGAUUAGAAGUUUGUAGUUCUACCUCCAAGGCCAGGCUUGAUGCUUUGUUUGUUUUUUAACUAAGGACAAUUGUUCUUUAAGGACAAAAGCGAAAGCAGCUCCUACUCUGAAAGAUGACUACCCUAGUUUGUUCUUCAUGGGUGGAUGGAUGUAUUUACAGACUGUGUAGGGCACUUCCACUUAGCAAUAGUGAGCACUAUAGGCAGGCUUAUCAAUGAAGCAACGUGGUAACGGUAAUAGGUAUGGCUUAGUAAGUUGCAUAUUCAGGGAAGCAUAAAAUAUUUUUUCCCAAAUUCAGAGAAACGCACAAAAUUUGUUCUUAAUGUAAUUCUCUGCAACCUGCUUUGAUGAGAGAUCACAGAAAUGUUAUUGUUUGUCUCCCAAAUUUUUUUCAUUUCAAAAUUCUGCUUCGUUAGCCUUCAAAAUGGGAUUCUUAACUAAUUUCAGUAUGUUGUAUGUCUCAGCCACAUCUUAUGCCAGUAGGGCAGACGCACUGACAAAUACUGACCACUUAUACUUCCUGUUGAUUUCUGUAUGGGACUGAAGUUUUAGCUUCUCCAAAGAGGAACUCUACUGUGUUGUUAUAUCAGAAUUCUGCUGAUGAGCUUUAUUUGUCUUAGAUGGCAUGGACAGAUAUUGCGUAGCCAGAAACUGCAUUUUGGCUUGCAGUUACACGAAGCAAUUUUUCGUUAGAGAAAAGGGCAGCUCUGAGUUUUUCUUGAUGACCUGAGUAGGCUCAGGAAACUCACUCGGGUCUCUCCUGGAUACCUUUCCUGCCUCUUCCUCAUUAUACCUGCCUAAUGGAUAGUGUCACUUGCAUAGACUGGGAGUCCCCAGUAGAGCUGGUUUGAAGAUUGUUUUUGACACUGCAGACUUCACUUAUCCCACCAUUUUGUGGAUUUUUUGCCAUUGUAACAAAGCUAAUUGGCUUUACCUAGUAGAAGAGUGUUUUAUCCUUAAAGUUGUUUUUAGCUCAGCAGAUUUUUUAAUAGAGUAAGAUUUCAUAAUCAAUGCACUUCUGAAAUCCCUUGUUUUCAGUAUCUCUGAAGCAAAUGAAAUUUAAGAGAUGAACAAAUUUUGCAGCAAAUAUAAGAGGCAAAGCUCAAGUUUUCACUCUCAACAGCUAAUACUUUUAUUUCCCCUCAUGAGUUUGAAGUUAAAAAUGAAAAAAAAAGACUUGAGAAUUUUAAGGAAAAAGAAAAAGACCUACAAAACAUGACUCUACUGCCACAGCUUAGAGUGACCACUGCCAUGAAAUAACUUCCUAGCAAUAAUAAUUUUGGUGAUGUGAACAGUCACUAAAAUUAGCAGUCAAUAACAGAGAUGAGCUCAUGGCAGAUACCCACCAUGUGAAAAGACAUGAACUAUCAGUGUGUCUGCAUCGUAUGGGAAAGAGUAAAGAAGAGGGAACCAGACUUUUCUCAGUGAUGCCUGAUGGAAAGAUGAGAGGCAAUGGGCACAAGCUGAAAUACAGGAAAUUUCGCUUAAACAUUUAAAAAUAAAUCACUGUGAGGGUGAGAGCACACUGGAACAGGUUUCCCAGAGAGGCUGUGGAGUCACCAUCCUCAGAGAUAUUCAAAUAUCAAGAUUCUUGAAUUCUUCACGUCAGAGGAUCAACAGGAGAAAGAAAAUCAAAAUUGGCCUUUUAAUUUUUUUUUAGCAGCAUUAACUAUGCACUGUCAAAAUUUGCUGUCAAAGAAACCUUACCUGCUGUAAGUCUGUACUACAGAAAAGCCCUUUUAGUAAGUGUGAGACAGCACAAUUGUUUCUGGCACUAAAAAAAAUAGAUUUUCACAAGGGAAUUGCGAGAAAGACAGGGCUGUUUUUCUCUGAAGUAAAAAGCUUGAAAUUUAGGAAACACAAAGUUACCUUACAAAGAAGGUUUUCUCUGUUAACCAUAAUCAGCCUUGAUCUUGCCAUAAAAGAGAAAGUGGGGUGUUUGCUGGAGCAGUUUAUAUGCGCCAGCUGUGAUCUCUCCCUACAUCUUCAAAGAAAGAAGGAUCACUCCAGUAAUUCACACCUUUCUGUGACAUAGCCAUACUGUACAAAGGAUGGACAAAGGAAGGGGAGCUUCAGAAAAAAAGAUAACAAUACUCACGUGCUCAAUUCGCAAAAGUUCCUAUUUUGCACUAGCUGGAUUCUGUAGCAGUUGGCUGCUCGCUGCUUCUGCUUAAGUCCCUGGGAGUUGUUCAUGUGGCAUCUGUUUUAAACUCCCACUGACCUGAUCUAAAUUAGGUCAGGUUUAUGUAUUCAGUGAAGAAUUGUGCUUAACAUCUCUUGCCUGGAACAAGCAUCAAAAAUAUCUGUAAAUAUAUUCUGUAGCUGACAUUUUGUAGUUACAACAGGCUUUUUUAAAUGUUAAGGUAUAUAUAUGUAAUACUGAGAUGCGUUUUUAUUGGUUCAGAAUUAUACAGCACUUUUUCAUAAUGCUUGCAGAACAAAAUUCAAAGACUCAGAACAGUCAUGUCCAACCUUCAUUCCCACCUCUCCUCCUGCAGGUAAUAUCUAUAUAGUAUGAACACCUACUGCGCGGUGCAGCUAUAAAGUGUAUCAGUAUUAGACAGCUGCCCACUAUUUACAUAAGGCCUUGGAGGAGACUCAUCAGGGUUGUCUGAUCCACUUGCAGAUCCUUAGGUAAAGAAAAAUGGUUAGUCUAAAUGAGUUUAGGUCCCAACUGAUUACAGAAGAAGAAGCACUUUAGCACAGAGUGGAGUCAAUAACUUAUAAAGAAGCUUCCGUGACUGUCCUAACAGCACAAAGAGUGUUUGUAACCCACUAGUCCAAGGCCUCUCACUCAGCCUUGAGACUGGUGUGGUUGGGGAAUGCCUACUUCACUGCUGUCUGUACUCCCAGGUGUACGUGUGGGGGACACGUGUACAUAUCAAGUUGGCUGUCAAGUACACGUCUGACACUGAAGUAUGUGUCCUCAUGGGAGUGGUGAAUGGCUUGUGUUUGCAUCCAGUUGGCUUCCCCGCUGUUCCUUCUCUCCACUUACUGUGAUUUGUGUUGGAUCCUUUUUUCUGGAGCGAACUGUUCUGUGUAUGUGGUCAGCCAUUUUGAUUACUGCAAGUGCACUCGCUUGUGGAGCCAUUGUGCAGGAAAGACCAAAACUUGUUUACAAAUAAUCUACUCUAUUCUGGGCCUGGAUACAGUCUACAUGAUUUAAAUUCCCUUUUACCUCUUUGGGAGACACAUGCAUAAAGAUGUGCUAGAAUCAAUGCUAUUCACACUGGGUAUAAACAUUUUAGAAAUCUGCAGUAUGAAAUUGUUAUCUUUAAUGUUUGUUUGCUGAUUUAUAUUGAAAAAUCUAUAAUCAAUGUGCUGUACAAAAGAAUCAGAGGACCAAGGUUUCCAGCUACUCAUACUGCCUUUUGGAGUAUCUUACUGUAUCUUGUUUGGAUAGUGUUAAUUUGUUGUCUGAGACUGUUAUGGUGAUUGUAUUGAUAUAUUUUAUUUUAAACUAUGUGGCAAAGAAGAUUGUAAUAAAAACAUCUACAUUUAAUAUACUGUGCACACACAAAUUGUUAGGUCCUAUUUUUGAAUAUGUUAAUCAUUUCAGAAUUAAACAAAUCAAGAACAGUUUGAUAGUCUUGCUGAGUAAGUGGAUGUAAUUAAGGUUCAGUUAGCUAUACCCUAGUACAGAGAAUAGAUAUUUAAUGAAAGAAGGUACAUUUGUGCUCAGUAGUCAUCUCGUUGUAAGGAAGUAGGUCUGGAGAAGAGAAUAACAUCCUUGUCUUAGAUUUUCUUUUAAGAAGUUUCAUGGGAAAACAACUGCUGACAGUCUGGACCACAGCUCUUGUAUGCUUUGUACUUGCCUGUGCAGGACCUUUCUGUGACGUGCUCUUUAUUCCUGCAAAGCACGUGAGAAGAGGGGCAUGAAAUAAGGUUCACAGUUUGUUUCCAGGUCUGUUUCUUGUGCAGAAUUCAGCUGCACACCCCUUCACACAGAGUAAUUUUCAUCGGAGCAUGCAAGAGUAUACAGCAGGAAACAACUGUUUCUGCAUGUCAGAACAAGUGCUUCCGUCAAUGCUCUACAUUGUAUGUGCUAUGGCAGUUUGUGAGUGGAGGAGAGCAAGUAUCCAGUUUAAUGAGAGCACUGGUUAUUGGAGAAGAUGCCACAUCAGAUGACUAUGCCCACUGGAGAAGUUAGGCUUGUACUAAAGAAAACCACUUCUCCUGACUCAUGGUCCUUGUCCAUUUAAAUAAUGCCUUUAGAAGCCCUGAGAGAAAUGUUACAGAUAUUGGUCACUUUGAAACCAAAGUAUCUCUUCAUAAGUUGAAACACAACCCUUUCUUUCAUAUCCCAUUGCAGUCUUGUUGACUCAUUGAUUAGGCAUUCAGCUCCUAUUAGAGUCCCAGGAUAAAAUUAUUCAGAGAAGAGCUGUCCUUUUUGAAAGACAUUUGCUUUUGAUAAUGGAAAACUUACUGCUGUGCAGUUCCAUAGCCCACUGGCAUUCUAACACACAUCAAUUAAAGACACGUCAACCAUGGGAACUAAGCUUUGAGGUGUUCAAUCACAACCCUGAAAAUACCUCUUCUCUCUAAAUAAGUGAGUAAAACUGAAUUUAUGCCCCUGCACAGGAGCAGGCUGAAGGUAAAUCCACAGGGUUCAGUGAGAAACUUGGGGUGUUCCCUAAACUGCCAGGGCAGGGCGUUGAAUGCAGGAUGCAAGGUAGCUGCUAUUGCCAGUACAAUCUUGGGGUGGGGUGGGGGUGGAGGAGUCCAAGCCAGUUUCCACAUUUUCCAGAAAGGAAAAGGACGUGGUUUGGCUUUCAGCAACCCAGGAAAGCUCCCAUCAGCUUUACUGAGACUGGUACCAGGUGACAGCCCCAAAGCCACCAGCCACCCAUUUGGUGCUCCAGCAACAGUGGAUCUUGAGGCAAAUGGGAUGCUCCCAAGUCUGGUCCUUGAUAAGCACUCGUUCCUGAAUCAGUGCCUCUACAAUGCAGGUAAUAGUAAUAAAUACACAAUUUGCAGAGUAGUGAAUAAGGCAGCACAUUAUUAAGACAUUAUUAAGCGAAAACCAGCAAUAUGAGAAGGCUGUGCCAUAUGUUACCACCGAAAUCAUGUGUACUUCUUACCUAUUGCCCUUGUGGUUGCAUUGCUAUUUAGAAAAAUCUGUGUGUAGAGGAGUGUAAUAUAUGUACUCUGUGUGUGUGUGUAUGUGUGUGUGUGUUGAAGCUUUAUUUGCUAUGCGGUGAGGUUGGGGAACAGAAUUUGGGGGCUGGUUGUGUAGGCCUUCAGGAUGUAAGCAGAAGGUCUUAAAGAGUUAUAUUUUUUUAGACUGUGAUGAAGCUUUGGGUCCCAGCCACACAUAGGCUUUUCUUCCAGAAAAGUAAAAUGGCAUGGAAAGAGGGCCAGGUGGCUGUAAUAAAGUAGGGAUAGUACAACCCCACCAGCCCUGGACAAACUAAGAGAACUUAAUAAAAGAUGCCUUUUUAAGUAAUAUUUUUUUAGUGCCGAAUUGUUAAAUAAAUAUUUAUGAGCAAACUUUCUAUGUAUUUAAAGUUUGUGUGGUGCUUUGUACUAACUAGGUGAACCUGUUGUAUGUUUACACAUCUUAAUGAUUGUCCUUGAGGUGUAUGUAGUAAUUCAAUGAAUUUUAUGCCAGAAAAACAACAAAGUUCUGUGUAAUAGCAAAUGAUUUAAUUUCUAAUGAAAUUGUAGGCUUUUGUAGUGUUUGUGUAUCUUCUGGUUGGCAGUUACGAGUUGUGUUCUUUCUGCAGUAAGGCUUGUACGCUUGAUUGUAGAGAGAGGCAAUAGGAUGGUAGAUACCAUUGUUUAAAAAGAAAACCCUAAAUAUUGCUACCUUAUCCAUUACAAAAUCAGGUAAGUGGUGACAAGCCUGGCAUUUAGAUUUUGAGUCGGAAUAAUAUACCCAAUACAUAUAGGGCAGGUUAAAAAUAGGUGAAGGAUGUGUUUAUUUAAUGAAACAGGACUGGGAAAUCUCACAAGUCCUUAAUAGCAACAUGUAAGCAGGCAAGCCUAGAGGCUGGAACUGCACUAGUUUGUUCAUAUUUUAUGAAGCUGGCCAAGCUAACUUCAUUGCUUGUGCUGAAUGAGUGCAACAGAUAGAUGAGUAGGCUAAAUGGGCGAAAAUGAAGAUUUUUUUCCUCCAGUCUGUCAGCUGUGCUAAUAUGAAGAAUUUAAGGAAAGUAUCUGAAUUUAAAUUCGAUACAUACAUUGGCUUUCAGAAGAGUUUGGUUAGCAACAAAAUCCCAUUCAGUCACAAAGGAAGCUGCUAGCAUGUUUGGAAACAAAAGCACGGUUUAUUUUUUAUCUUACUAUACUUGAUUUUUUUUUUUCUUAUGGCUGGGAGAGCAAGGCUUAAAGCAUACACUUCAGUCUAAUUUAUUUAUUUAUUUUAUUCUAUUCUAUUCUAUUUAUUUAUUUAUUUAUGUGGCUGGACAUUUGGGGAUUCUCUAGAAAGCCUACAAGAGUCUGCAACAUUAAUCAGUCUGUGGGGUGUGACCUUCUGCUGAGCGAUGUGCUCUUACCGCAACAGUUGGUGAUCUGCGAGCAUGUUUAAUGAUGUAUCUUUUUAAGAAACAAGGCAGCAUCCUCACCACACUUCUGAGUAAAGCACUGCUGCAAAAAAAAAAAGGGGGGGGUAGAAUUUAUCAGAAGUUUUUGUCUCAAGAGUUUCCAAGUUCUGGGUAUGUUAAAAGUACUGGUUCUGCCUUGCUGAAUUAGCAAAAAGAUGCAUCACUUAGACGGAUAAUGCAUUGUCAGGGGGAGAGGCUAGGGAAGGGAACAGCAGUGUUUUGCCUGCUUCUCUGGCUGUGCCUGUGUUUUCCUCCCCUGGGAACAUGUGGGUACACCGUACCCAUGGUGGUGGCAGAGUGCACCCGCCCCUGGGGAAAUGUGGAGGUGUUGCUCUGAGCGAGUGGGAGACGAAAGCUCUGAAGCUGUUGGGCUGUUUGUUUCUGAAUGCUGUUCCAAAGCUCUGAUUUAGCACAGAUUAUGCACUUUGAAUUUACAGCACGUGAUGAGCAGCACGCUGCUUUCCUGCCUGUGGUGUAAGGCGGCAGGGGACUCAUUCUCCUCCCCGUUCUAGGAACCUAGCUUCACCAUGAGAUUUCUCUAGACUUCUUCUGUAGUCUGUGUAGGGAAAGAGAAUCUGCACGUGAAUUGUUCAGAUGAUUUAGGCUACUUUCUUGUUCUUUGCAAAGGAGAGGUACAGAAACAUCAGCUGCUCUGGUAGCUUUCUCUUGUCCAGUUAAGCUACACCAUACAAAUGCACCCUAACUUUCUUCCCCCAUCACUUCUGCUGGCCCCAGUCCUUGCCUGACCCCAUAAUGAAUGAAGUGAAGAAGCUAAACCAACGGGGAGCUCAUCCAGCCAAAAAAACUGAAGCUUUCAGCUCCUUUAGCUCCCUGAACUUUCUCAUCCUGAGAACAGAUGAGUGUUUGUGCUGCUGCAAGGCAGGGAUUGGGAAGAUACAGCUGGACAAAAGAGGGGAGAAUAAGAUUGCCUCUUUUCCAGACAGUGAGAUGCUGGCUAAGCAGAGCCUAAUUGCAAAGCUGCACUGUUAGCAGUAAAGAAAAGAAGUCCUUGUCAGCUAAGUACUUGAAAGAAGAGCUACGGAUGUAGUGAUCCAAGUUUGGUGUUCUCAGUCCAGCCCAUCCCCUGUGCCACAAAACCAUUAUAGUACAAAAGCAUUCUAGAUUUAGUGUGACCGUUUGUAUCAUCUAUAUGAUGCUUAUGCCUAGCAGGGUAGAAAAUAGCAUAUAAUAAGGCAGUUACCCAACUAGGGAACAUAGUACUUUACAUCCAGGUGGAGAAAGUUUAAAGUCUGCUGUCACAGCACUUGCAUGGUAUCAGAACUGUCCAGGUCUGGAUCUCUGGAUCUUACUCUUAGCAAAUAGUCAAAUAAAUAAAUAAGUAAUGCAGGUUAUCUGGGAAUAUACGUGGCAUUGUUAUUUAUUUUUAAAUCGCACAACACCAAAGGUCUCUAGUUCAUAAGGGAUUUUCAGAAGAUGCCUUGCCAAGCGAUGUGAUACAGCCUGUUACAGGUGGCUUGGAGCUCAGCGUGCUUCUUGCGAUAUGCCUGUAGUAACUGGCGUUGGAAAACAACUUGCAGGCAGGUGCUCCUGUUCUGUGUUCCUGUGCCCAAUAGACACUGUGAAUACAUGCCUUGAUAGGGAAGAAGCUGUAGGGUUUGUUGCUGGAGAUGUGAUGCUAAAGAGGUCCUGGAAAGCUGAGCACCAUCCCGUGAUGCUAUAAUUUACUGCCAGGGACUGGGACUGUUAGUGCCAGGUAGCCCUUUCAGUCUUGUUUUCUUACUAAAAUAUGAGGUGUGAUAUCAUGUAUGCCAUUUCAAUGUGCUUUUAGCUGGCUGAAUGGGAAAUACGAAUAAAGAUUGUUAAAAAUGGAGGAGAGGGAUAACUGAAUUUCUGUAAGAUCUAAGUGACUAGAGAAAUACCAACAUUUGUCUCUAAUUCAAAAUUAUUAAAUAUUGACCAAAUGAGUGUCGUGUCUUCAACAGUGAGUAACACCUGGAAGAGGGCAAUAUUUAGGGUUUUUGCCCAAAGCACAUUUAGUCCUGCUCUACUGUUUAGUGAAAAUGCCCAGUGCAGAUGCCACCAGAGCCUCAUCUCGUAGAGUAACACUGUAAUAAAGAAUGUGGUUUUCUUGUGGAAGUCUUAACCUCUUCUGAUGAAAAUAAUACAUGACUCAAUAUUUUCAUGGUGUACAAGUGAAAUGUAAUUUUUUUUUCAAUAAAAUUAAUUUCCUUUCCUAAA